CCCAGCUCCUCUCUGUGAGCUCGAGCCACUCUUCCCUUUUGAGCCUUCACUAGUUCUCCUCCCGAAACCUGCGCGAGGCGGCCACUGAAGCGCGAGGCGACUUCCCCCCCUCUCCCCUUGACUCCAGUCAACAUGGCUACAGUUGUAACCUCGACCAGAUUCACAGACGAAUAUCAGCUGUACGAGGAACUCGGAAAGGGUGCCUUCUCCGUCGUUCGUCGAUGUAUCAAGAAGUCCACCGGCCAGGAGUAUGCCGCAAAAAUUAUCAACACAAAAAAGCUCUCGGCCAGAGAUCACCAGAAAUUGGAGCGGGAGGCGAGGAUCUGUCGCCUGCUGAAACAUCCAAACAUAGUACGACUCCAUGACAGCAUCGCAGAGGAAGGCUUCCAUUACCUUGUCUUUGACCUAGUCACUGGAGGCGAGCUGUUUGAGGACAUUGUUGCCAGAGAGUACUACAGUGAAGCAGAUGCCAGCCACUGCAUUAAUCAGAUCCUGGAGAGCGUCAGCCACAUCCACCAGCACGAUAUUGUCCACAGGGACCUCAAGCCAGAAAAUUUGCUCCUAGCCAGUAAGAUGAAGGGAGCGGCGGUGAAGCUUGCAGAUUUUGGCCUCGCUAUUGAGGUUCAAGGGGACCAGCAGGCGUGGUUUGGUUUUGCAGGAACUCCGGGGUAUCUGUCCCCAGAGGUGUUGAGAAAGGACCCAUAUGGCAAGCCGGUGGACAUAUGGGCAUGUGGUGUGAUCCUGUAUAUCUUGCUGGUGGGCUACCCUCCAUUCUGGGAUGAGGACCAACACAAACUCUACCAACAAAUUAAGGCUGGUGCUUAUGAUUUUCCGUCUCCUGAGUGGGACACCGUGACCCCUGAGGCCAAGAAUUUGAUCAAUCAGAUGUUAACGAUUAACCCCGCCAAAAGAAUCACUGCUGACCAGGCCCUCAAGCAUCCCUGGGUCUGCCAACGAUCCACUGUGGCCUCCAUGAUGCACCGUCAAGAGACUGUGGAAUGUCUGCGCAAGUUCAAUGCCAGAAGGAAGCUUAAAGGAGCUAUCCUCACUACGAUGCUCGUGUCCAGGAACUUUUCAGUGGGACGGCAGCACACCAGUCCUGCCGCUACCACCAGCACGGCCGCAAUGGCUCAGGAAGCGUGUAAAACCUUACUAAACAAAAAGUCGGACGGUGUGAAGUCGCAGGGAAACAACAGUAAAAACAGUGUAGUAAGCAGCAGCAGCACCAAAGACAGCAGCAUGUCAUCUUCAGCACCAAUGGAAGCCCAGACAACUGUUGUACACAACCCAGCUGACGGCACCAAGGGCUCCACUGAGAGCUGUAAUAACAUAGAAGAGGAGGAGAUGAAAGGUAGGAAAGCUCGUAAACAGGAGAUAAUAAAGAUGACUGAACAGCUGAUUGAAGCCAUCAACAAUGGAGAUUUUGAGGCUUACACGAGAAUCUGUGAUCCAGGACUAACUUCUUUUGAACCGGAGGCCCUUGGAAACCUGGUCGAGGGAAUGGACUUUCACAAGUUCUACUUUGAGAAUCUUCUGAGUAAAAACAGCAAACCGGUGCACACCACCAUCCUCAACCCCCAUGUCCAUCUGAUCGGCGAGGAUGCCGCCUGCAUCGCCUACAUUCGUCUGACGCAGUACAUCGACAGUCAGGGACGGCCGCGUUCCUGCCAGUCUGAGGAGACUCGUGUGUGGCAUCGCCGUGACGCCAAAUGGCUCAAUGUGCACUUCCACUGCUCAGGGGCACCAGCUGCACCCCUGCAGUGAACUGAGAACUCAGGCCCAGCUUUGCCUGAAGUCUAAAGCUAUUGGGAGCAUUUAUUCUCCGUGGUCGGAGCGGUGGCUGGAUCCUGCCCAGGAAGAGGCUGCUUGGAAAACACAAAUGUGGGAAACAUACCUUACAAUUAAAAAAAAGAAAAAGAAAAAAAAGCCACAAACCAAAAAACAAUAAAAAAAAAAAAAAAAAAAAAGCAUAUCUUAGAAGCUCGACUGAAUGACCGACCACACCGACCAACACCAAUCCAGUCCAACCCUAGCUAGAUGAUGUUGGGGCCCAGCUGAUGUCAGCCCCUUUUUGCAGAUGGUGCAUGCUUCUGGUGGCAACACAGGGGUGAUGCUGUCCUGAUCCUUUUCUCCCAUGGCCUUCAUUUCCCCACUCUUUGUUCGUCUGCCGUGUGGAAAAGUAUUAACAUGUUCAAAAUUAUGUAUAACAAAUGAAAAAUAAGUACACUUCGCACAGAGACCGGGGCAGCGAGGACGUCUGGGAAAAAGUGAUUUCUGUUCAGAGCGUCUGUUUUAAUCCAGUCGUUUUAGAGUUGUAAGGUAUUUGUGGGUGGGGUUUAUGGGAACAGGAGCAACUAAUGUAAAGUUAAUAUUAGAAUUUAACACCAGAUUUAAGUGUCAGAUUUGAGUAUCUGCACACUGUUUUAAAGGGGUUCAGGUGUUACUGAAGGGACCUUUAUUUUUAUUUUGUCUUUUUGUAAUAUGUAUACUGAAAAACAUUGUUUUAUCUCCUGAAUGAGGGAUACUGUUUUAAAGUAUUUUGUGUUGGAAAAAAUCAUUUUUAAUCAAGAGGGGUUUUAUUUAACAGAAUUGUGUAUAAAUGGAUAUUUAUAUUGGACGAAGGGAGGUGGAGGGAGGCAUGAUUUACUUCUGAGGUGUAGGUAGGGGAGCUGAAGACGAGUGUGAUGGUGUUUUCGGCUUUUUCUUUUUUUUUGGUCCCGUGGUGUAAAUACAAACAUAUUCACAUGCAACAUGCAUGCACACACACACACAAAGUCCCUGUGCUCCAGCCUUUGAGGUGGAGCCUCUCCUGAGCUUUAGACACAGCAUCCAGGCCAGCUCAUCCUGAAGUUGCAGAAGGCCUCCAUCUGUCUGCCCUGCACUGUGUGCAUUCAAACACUAGGCAGCGCCAUUGGUCAAAGUCUAAAGCUCCUCACGUCUCUAAACUACCUGGUCUGAAAGCAUGGAUGCUCUCAAUCUAACUCUUUAGUUGUUUUUCUUUAGUUUAGUUUUGUGUGUGUCUGUGUGUGUGUAUUUGAUGUGAAGCAUGAUUUAUCUUAACUCUCUGAUGGCCUGUACUGUUUUUGCACAGACACUUAAGACUCGAUGCUGUUGUGGUCGCUCUUCUGAGGGAGUGAACCUUUCUGCAACUUCAGGUUAUGCUUGCCAAAAUCCUUCCCUUUCACCCUACCUCUGCCACUCUACUUUCAUCAUUCCUUCCCUUUUCCACAUUUGUCGUGACCUUCGCUAACCAGCCCUUACUACCAUCUUAGUAGCACCACGACGUGUGAUGAUGAUGUCACCCUUAUGCCUGUCUCUUGUUCUGAUUGUGUUCUUGAAAUUAUUUGUAUAUUGUCAGUCUUGGCUUGCUGUACUUCUGUGUGAAGUCCUGGCAUUAUUUUAAAAAAAAAAAGAAAAAAAAGCAUGUUUAAAAAGGAAUGCAGCCGAGGGAAUGGACAGGAGGAAAUUUUAAAAAAGGCACGAUGGGAAGAGGGCUACACUGGCUAGAGGGCUCUGGGACCUUCGCUGAUCAACUGCAGUCAGUGAAUUUGGCCCCGUUUAGUUUUGUUUUUUUGUCAGAUUCUGUUGUAAAUGUUGUAGCUGUUAGUGUUUUGAUCUAAUCUUUGAUAUUUUCCAUUUGUUUUAUGCAGAGGUUAAAAAUAUUAAGGGUUUGAAUUGAAUGGAGAUUCAUCCCCUCACACACAGAUCACUGCACACACCGAAUGCUGAAAUGUUGGGAUAAAGAUUUCUUCUUGUUAAAUAUUUUUGGAAUUCACAUCAUGAAAGCACAUGAGAUCAAAGAUUCUGCCUUUUAAGAGGACAAAAAAACAACAUAUGUGUUUCAGUGGUUAAACUUUGCAGCACUGUUUUUUCACUGUGUCGUAGAAACUUUGUGAGUGUGUGACUUUGUACCAGUGGAGGGGUGAGGCUUGCUAUCUGUCCUGUCCCGUCCCGUGUGGCGCCGCUUAAUAGUAACUCAUGCACCACCUGUCUUGUUGCUGGUGGUCACCUAAGAGCAGAAACCACAUCAAUGCUUCGGACCAUCACAUAUCUGUGCGCUAACACGGUAAACAGACUGUAAAAAAAAAAGAAAAAGUAAAUAAAUUGAAAUCAUAUAUGAGCCCCACCCUACUGUAUCAAGCGCCUGUGCUGUGGACAUAUCUGACAUGCCAUGAAAACUGUGUCUCCUCCCACUUUUUGCACCACAAUGAAUCGUUGUAAAACCAGUACUGAAACUAUGUGAUGUUUUGUAUGGUUCAGUAGUUCCAUUUGUGCUCAGUUGUUUGUUGAUACCACAAAUUGAUGAGAUGCUUUUCUUUCAUUGUGUGUGUCUGUGUGUGCGUGCGUGUAUGUGCGUGCGCUCGUUUCCACGCUUAUGAGAAUGUUUAGAUGGAAUGGGGGAAAAUGCAGUUAGGCUUUAACGAUUAUCUUAGAAGGAGGGGAAUUUAUCAGAGUUUGCCAAAGUAUUUGGACAGUUGGCAUCAAGCUUUUUGGUCAAUUAUGACAAAACCAAACUAGACUCAAAUAUUUUGAUACGUUGUAGCAGAGAAAGCCAAGGCAAAACCAAAAAUAUUAAAGCUUGAAUUCCAUUAGGUUUUAACCAUUUCAAGGCCCUUGCACUCACCUUUGGUCUGCUUUUGUUAGGCUGGAAGUGAGCCAUCAUUGAUGUUAAUGUGAGCUGCACAGGCUUAACAAAUAAGUUUCCAGUUAAACCUUAACAGUGAUUCGUCAAAGUUUGUGACCCCUUACAGUGAGUCUGCUCAUGACUUUAGUCACGCAGGUGGUGUGCAGAUCCAUCUGUAUCCUGAUGCAGCUCCAUAUUUUUAUUCUUGGACUUUUACUGACUAUAUUAUUCAACUUAAAACAAUUCUGUCCCAUCCCCCUCUAAGGUAGCUUUUUUUCCCUGAUUGGCUGCCCCUGACAAACAGAAGGUUUGAACAGGAAGUGGAUGGAGCUGCUAUGCUCAUCCAGACUUUUGUGCCUAAAAUAUUAACUAGCAUGAACCAGAGCUAAGAGCCUGAGAUUUUGGGUUGUGCAUAUGCUUACCUGGUUACUUUAAACUUGGCUAUGUUUAGUAAAGUCAGUCAGCUGCCUGAUCACUUUAGGGCACAGAUUAACUUUGGAAAAAGCACCAAAUACAUAUAAGAGAAUAAUGAUUCCCUAUACUUCAAGUAGCUUGCCUGCAUUUGAAUCCUUUUGAAAGUCCUAUUCUGUUCAGCAGUCAGGCUCUCCAAAUACUUUGGCAAAUGUGUGAAAUGUGUUAAGAGUGUACCCGAGUGAACAGAGGAGCUGAAAAGAUUUGUGAAAUGCUUAAAACAGAUGUUUAAAGAGGAUAAUUUAAAAACCACAAUCGUUAACAGCAACACUAUAUAUGCAGUUUUACAAAUGGAAGAAAUAUGCAUGUCUACUUUCUGGUAAUUUUUCACUGUUUACUUGAUAAAGAAAUGGAAACCUAUGUUAUUUGCAUCCUCAAGGUUAUGAAAAGGCUGAGAUGUUAAAAUCAAGUGAUGUUAAAUCGCUUUAAAAUGCUUAAAAGAUUUUAGCUUUUAUGUGCCCCUUGAAAGUGAAUUUAUUGCAUUGUAACCUUACAAUAAAAAAGGGGGAAACAUAUGUCUGAGUUUCAAUUGGAUGCUGGAUUUUUGCAUGACCAUACAGUUAAUAAACAUACAUUUAAAAAAAAAAACCAAAAAAAAAAAAACUAGUGUUGGUGUGGAUGUGAUUUUUUUGUAUUCAAACCUUUACUGUUAAUGUGAAAUGAAGCCCAUAUAUACAUUCAUUUUGAAAUUUCUUUUUACAACAAAAACAUGUUAAUAAACAAAUGUGGAAAAAACUA